AUGACAAAUGGCUCCAGCGCUGGUAAUGCGCCACCGGCUUCAUACCCUGCCGGACCCAGCGGCAGUCUGAUGCCUCGAAGGUCAUCAUACGCUUCUGUUCUAUCUGGGGCAGUGCCACAGAGCUACGCUUCCCCCGCCAGAGCAGGAGCCUUUUCUCAUCUCGUCAACGCAACACCGAGCAGUUCUUAUCCCCCUCAAUACGUGCCCGAUCAUCGCUACCAACGUCCAGUAUCUGGGCAAGAACCUACUCCAACCGCAAACGCCUCGGGUUCAUGGAGGAAGAAUACCCAACUCCCAUCAUACUCAAGAAAGUUCGCGGGCAUCGUUGGUAACACAAUGCCCAACAAUGUGGGUUCAGGCUCGUUCUUCGUACCUUCAUACCUUAGGCAUUCACGAUACGUAGCAAAACUAGAGGCUGCACACAAAGCAAAACUGGCAGCUCAACGUGAGGCAACAUCAGCCCAUUCUUCGAAUGGUGUAUCUCUUUCAACCAGCUCAAGCAAUGCCAACCUGCAUCGAAUGGCGCCCUCCCAUCGGGGUAUGACAUACGAUAUCAUCGAGAAUGCUCCUCCCAGUGAAGACGAUAACCUGGUCCCUUUACCAUCAAGAUGGAAUGAUAUGGACAAAUGUCCAGGGCUUGAUCUGCUUCAGGAUGGAACGGAAAUACGCUACAGCGGACCGAGUAAUAAAAUGGAGCUUGAAGCUGGUGCCGCACGUGCGGACCAUCCCAUGUCACCUCAAUGCGGCAUAUAUUACUUUGAGGUUGAGAUAAAGAACAAAAGCAAAGAUGGUAUGAUUGCAGUUGGCUUCUCCAAUCAUAGAGCUUCUCUCGAACGCUUGCCCGGUUGGGAAAGCGAGUCCUGGGCUUACCACGGUGAUGACGGGAAAUCAUUCUUCGGCGAAGGGACAGGCAGGAAUUACGGACAGACAUUCGGGAUCAACGAUGUAAUUGGGUGUGGUGUAGAUUUUGCAUCUGGUUGUGCUUUCUUUACCAAAAAUGGCAGAAAUCUUGGAAUUGCGUUCAGGGAACUGAAGAACGUCAGACCAUUUCCCGCGGUAGGGAUGAAGAAAAGUCCCGGCUCUUGGAUCAGCGUCAACUUUGGACAGAGACCUUUUAUCUUCGAUAUCGACGGUAUGAUGGCACAGCAGAGGUUAAGCUUUGAUAAAGAGAUCAAUGCUACCCCGAUCUCCGCACUACGACUUAAUCCACCUAUGGACGAGUCGACGCUUGUUCAGGAGCUCGUUGCACAUUUUCUUGCACAUGAUGGAUACGUGGAGACUGCAAAAGCAUUUGCAGAAGAGGUCCGCACACAGUCGAGACCUUUGCGUGGUGAUGACAGCAGCGUUCUACAGGAAUUUGAGGUUGCUGAAGAUUACCAUGCUAUCUAUCGUCAGAAAAUUCGCGCCUCGAUAUUGGAAGGGGAUAUUGACAAAGCAUUCAAACACACCACAGCCUACUAUCCUCACGUCUUAGAAGACAACCCCGAAAUAGUAUUCCGCCUCAAAUGCCGAAAGUACGUCGAAAUGAUAAGACGUUUCUCCGAAUUGCACAAUCCGACUCCAGCCACAGACAUUCCUAGCAAUCCCUUUCCCAUCAAAUCUAGCAGCAAUGGCCACGCCGACGUCUUCGACGAAGACAUGGAACUAGAUGACGAGAACGAUACCGAAAACGACUCCUUCCAAGAAACAAACACCAGUAAUGGCGAGGACACCCAGCCUGAGGAAGACGAUGAGGACGAAGAUGGAAGAGAAGAAUACCACAACGUUCCCACCGAUCCCACCAAGCAUGGAGAACUUCUCCAAGAAGCGAUUUCCUACGGUCAAACCCUAACGCGCGAAUACCGCGACGAGAAAGAAGAAUACCAGAAAACGCUCGAGGAUAUAUUCAGUUUGAUUGCCUAUGAUGAUGCCAAGUCGAGCGUUCAUGGGCAUUUGUUGGAGAUUGAGGGAAGGGUGCAGGUGGCGGAGGAGCUAAACUCGGCCAUUCUGGUAUCACUCGGCCGAUCCUCCUCCGCUGCCAUUGAACGGCUCUACCAGCAGACUGAAGCCCUGGUAAGCGACCUCAGCGAUUUGGGGCAUCCGGCGGCGUUUGUCAAUGUCAGGGAUGUAUUUCGGACGUGA